CCUCGCUUUUGCCCGGCGCUGUCCCUGUCGUCCACAGCCGUCUGUCUUCCACGGCGUGUGUUGUUUGCGACGCUGUCGUGUCACAGCGCGCUUUACGGCCGCGAGGACGGGGCGCUCGGGCGCCAGGGCCACUCGGGCCGGGAAGCAGGGCGGGCGGGCGAGGUUGAUGCCCGGCGGCGGGGCGAGCGCGGCGUCUGGCCGGCUCCUCAGCGCCGCGGAGCAGAGGGGGGCCCGGGAGGCGGCGGCGGCGCCCAGGAGCGGCCCGGGGGGUCCCGGCGGCAGGGGCGGAGCGGGCGGCCCCGGGCCGGGGAGUGCAGGCCCGGGGGGCUCGGCGGGCAGGAUGAGCCUGAGCCCGAAGGAGCUCUCGAGCCUGCUGAGCAUCAUCUCUGAGGAGGCGGGCGGCGGCAGUACCUUCGAGGGCCUGUCCACCGCCUUCCACCACUAUUUCAGCAAGGCCGACCAUUUCCGCCUGGGCUCGGUGCUCGUGAUGCUGCUGCAGCAGCCCGAUCUGCUGCCCAGCGCGGCGCAGCGGCUCACUGCGCUCUACUUGCUGUGGGAGAUGUACCGCACCGAGCCGCUGGCCGCCAACCCCUUCGCCGCCAGCUUCGCGCACCUGCUCAACCCCGCGCCGCCCGCGCGCGGUGGCCACGAACCCGACCGCCCGCCGCUCUCAGGAUUUUUACCUCCUAUAACUCCACCAGAAAAGUUUUUUCUUUCCCAGCUGAUGCUGGCACCCCCAAGGGAGCUCUUCAAAAAGACUCCUCGACAGAUUGCACUGAUGGACGUGGGAAACAUGGGCCAGUCCGUGGACAUCAGUGGGCUCCAGUUAGCCUUGGCUGAGCGCCAGUCAGAACUGCCAACGCAGAGUAAAGCCAGCUUCCCUAGUAUUCUCAGUGACCCAGACCCGGAUUCUUCUAAUUCUGGAUUUGACAGCUCAGUGGCUUCUCGGAUCACAGAAUCUUUGGUCAGUGGACCCAAACCACCUAUUGAAAGCCAUUUUCGGCCCGAAUUUAUCCGUCCACCACCUCCGCUGCAUAUUUGUGAAGAUGAACUGGCUUGGCUCAAUCCCACAGAGCCCGACCAUGCGAUUCAGUGGGAUAAGUCCAUGUGUGUUAAGAAUAGCACCGGGGUGGAGAUCAAGCGAAUCAUGGCCAAAGCCUUCAAAAGUCCCCUAUCGUCUCCCCAGCAAACACAGCUCCUUGGUGAGUUGGAGAAAGACCCCAAACUUGUUUAUCACAUUGGCCUCACUCCAGCCAAACUUCCAGACCUAGUGGAAAACAACCCUCUGGUUGCUAUAGAGAUGCUGCUGAAAUUAAUGCAAUCCAGCCAGAUCACCGAGUACUUCUCUGUCCUGGUCAACAUGGACAUGUCCUUACACUCAAUGGAAGUCGUAAAUCGACUAACUACAGCUGUCGAUCUACCUCCUGAAUUUAUUCACCUUUAUAUAUCAAAUUGCAUCUCUACUUGUGAACAAAUUAAGGAUAAGUAUAUGCAGAAUCGCUUGGUGCGUCUUGUGUGUGUCUUUCUCCAGUCCUUGAUCCGUAACAAAAUUAUUAAUGUGCAGGACUUGUUUAUUGAAGUACAGGCUUUCUGUAUUGAAUUCAGUAGGAUACGAGAAGCUGCAGGCCUGUUCCGGUUGUUGAAGACACUGGAUACUGGGGAGACACCUUCAGAGACCAAAAUGUCAAAAUAAUACCUCACUAGAAGCACCCUAUUCAUUGUUCAACGGUAUUGUGAUUCAUUUUUAAAACUAUUUUUUAAAAUUCAAGAGUGGAUUGCUUGCUCUAAUACAUAAACAUUUAUGUACUUAAAGCAAAAUUUUGCUUUUCCUGGAUGACUUUUUUUUCCCUAUAGAUGAACUUUUGGUAAGGACCUGGGAAAAAGUGUCUUGAUAACUAUCCAUAAAUGGACCCCUUAUCCCCAAAAAAGAUAUCGAAAGAAAGGAGGUGAUUCAUUCUUAUUCCUUUUUUUGUGGUAGAACUAAAGAACAAACUGCCUGUUUUUGGUUAAAAGGCAAGAUACAGGGUUCUGUCCAGUUUUCCUAGGGUUCCAGUGUUAAAGACAUUUUAAGAAUUUAAUACUUUGCUUGUGGCAGUGACAACAGUUGAGUGUAGCUCUUACCAUCUCUUGAAGGCGCCUGAACCAAGGCUGCACUUGUAAUUGUCCUGCUUUUUGUCCUGGGCCUCUUCUAAAUAUGGGAGCUUUUUCAGGAAUCUUUUCUAGGAUUAUUUUCUUUUAUUCCCCACUUGAGAUGGUCCUGUUAUUAGCCAUUUUUUGGUCUUAUUUUUAAGGAAAAAUGAGUAAUGUUUUGGGAAGUGGUGUCACCCCCAGGAGCCGUUGCCUGUGGGGGGUUGGAGAUGGGAGCAGGGGUGGUGCCUGGCUGUCAUCCCAUGACUUUGGAUAACAGUGCCUUCCAUUAAAGUUCUUUAUUACCAA